UCUGUGUGUAGACGUGAAGUUCGAAGCGCACCAUUUUCAUGUUGGCUUUGAAGGAACCCACUUGUAAUCAUCUAUAUCUGUGUAAAUCUCUGCGCAACAUUCGUUUCCCUCUUCGACCAUACUCCCAAAUCACCAAAACCAACACUAAUCUUGUCAGCUGCAACUCUCAAAUAACAAAGUAUGGCCGAAUCGGAGACAUUGCAGCGGCCGAGUCUUUGUUCCGCCGCAUGCCGGAGAAAAGCGUUGUUACCUACACCGCCAUGCUCUCUGCUUACGCGGCCAACGGUGAAAUCGCAGCCGCCCGGAAAGUGUUCGACGAAAUGCCUCAACGAACUGUAGCGACGUGGAAUGCGAUGAUCACUGCUUACGUGAAAAAUAUGAAUAGAGUGGAUGGUGUGGGAGAGGCUCUUAGAUUGUUCCUGAGGAUGCCGGAGCGAAAUGCCGUGUCUUUCUCGGUGAUGGUGAUGGGAUUGGUUAAUGAGGGUAGGUUUGAUCAUGCUGAGAAGCUGUAUAACGCCGCGCCAUUGGGGUGGAGGGAUCCGUUCUGCUCGAACGUGCUGAUGAAUGGGUAUUUGAAGAUUGGGAGAUUGGAUGAGGCUGUUGGGAUUUUCGACCGCAUGAGUGAGAAAAAUGUUGUUUCUUGGAGCUUAAUGGUGGAUGGAUUUUGCAAGAGAGGGAGAGUUGAUGAGGCUAGGGAGUUUUUUGAUUUGAUGGAAGAGAGGAAGAAUGAGUUCACUUGGUGUUGUAUGGUUGAUGGAUACAUGAAAAAGGGUCGCUUCGAGGAUGGUUUUCGCUUGUUUUUGCGAAUGAGAAGGGAUGGCGAGGUGGGAGUCGAGCCCACCAUUCUCACUGUGGUUUUUGAGUCAUGUGGUAGAAUUGGUAGGGUUAGAGAAGGCUGGCAAGUGCACGGCCUUUUGUCUCGUUUGGGAUUCGAGUAUGAUUUGUUUUUGGGUAAUUCAGUCAUUGCAAUGUACUCAAAGUUUGGCUUUAUCAAUGAAGCAAGAAGUCUGUUUGAUAUGAUGAGUGAAAAGGAUGUAGUUUCUUGGAAUUCCCUUCUGUAUGGAUAUGUUCAAGCUGGAAUGCUUGAAGAGGCGAACGAGCUUUUUGAUAAGAUGGAUUCCAAAGAUCAAGUCUCGUGGACCACCUUGAUCACCGGCUUCUCCAGCCGAGGCAUGACCGGAGAAUGCAGUGCUUUGUUUAGUAAAAUGCCUAAACCGGAUGAUGUUGCUUGGACAGCUCUUAUUUCAGCAUUUGUGAAUAAUGAAGAACACGAAGAAGCUUUUCGUCGUUUCAGUCAGAUGAUCUGUGAUGGAAUCAGGCCAAACCCUCUCACAUUAAGUAGCCUGCUUAGUGCUUCUGCAAAUUUGGCAUCUUUAAACCUUGGCCUUCAAAUACAUGAUUUUGCUAUUAAAUUGGUGAUGGAGCAUGAUUUAUCCAUCCAAAACGCCCUCGUAUCGAUGUAUUCAAAAUGUGGAUCUGUAGAGGAUGCUUACAAGAUAUUCAAAUCCAUCACCAACCCCAACAUUAUCUCAUUCAAUUCUAUGAUCAUGGGAUUUGCUCAUAAUGGAUAUGGAGAAGAAGCACUUGAUCUAUUUACCCAAUUGGUUGAUGGAGGACAUAAUCCCACCGAGGUUACCCUUCUUGGUGUUCUCUCUGCUUGCACCCACUCAGGGCUUGUAGCAGAGGGACGGCAUCACUUCAAAUCCAUGAGGGAUUUGUUUAAACUUGACCCUGGUCCUGAUCAUUAUGCUUGUAUGGUUGAUUUGCUCGGCAGGGCUGGCCUUCUUGACGAAGCCCUGAAUUUGAUCAACACAAUGCCAGUCGAGCCUCAUGCUGGAGUUUGGGGCGCUCUUCUUGGUGCAAGCCGGGUUCACAUGCGUGUUGAUCUUGCAAACCUUGCAGCUCAAAGAAUCAUCCAACUCGAACCAGAUAAUGCUACUCCAUAUGUGGUGUUGUCGGAUAUAUAUGGCAUUGCAGGGAACAGGAGGGACGAAGAAGAAAUGAGACUGUCAAAAAGAUUAAGAGGUGUGAAAAAGAGCCCCGGGUGCAGUUGGAUCACAGUGAAGGACAAGGUCAGAUUGUUCCUCUCAGGAGAUAAAUCUCAUGUAAACUUUGAAGAGAUCAAAAUUAUUUUAGGGACUAUAAUUCAUGAUAUGAAACAUGUAGGUUUAAUUGACCUUGAUUGUCAACCACAUUGAGAAAUUAGCUUUUAGUCAAGAUUUAUGAAGCAUGGGUUCAAAAUCUGGAUUUUAAA